GAGCACCCAACAUGGCAGAUUACUCUCAUUACCUCAACGAGGAGGGAAAACAUUACCAAGUGGCAGAGGUCCUAGCAUAAAUAAACCGAGCCGAGGCGAGACAGGGACGGAGCCUCAGGACUCCAGGUCCAGGUCCAGGUCCAGGUCCAGGUCCAGGUCGACUCUCCAAGCGAAGAUGCAGGCGCUCGGGGCCGCGGGAGUCGGUGUGCUGUGGGCGCUGCUGGCCGCCGUGGUGCCCGGCAACGUGUCGGAGCUGGCGACGCCGGCGCAGGAGGAGCUGAAGUCCGAGUCCUCCCUGCUGAAGCCAAAGGUUAUGAUCGCCAUCGUGGCGCGUAACGCGGCGCACAGCCUGCCUCACCACCUGGGCUGCAUCGAGAGGCUGGAGUACCCGAAGGAGCGCAUCGCGAUCUGGGCGGCGACGGACCAUAAUGUGGACAACACCACUGCCAUGUUGAGAGAAUGGCUGAAGAGAGCCCAGAGCCUCUACCACUACGUGGAGUGGCGACCCAUGGAGGAGCCCAAGUCCUACACAGACGAGUGGGGGCCGAAGCACUGGCCUCCCUCCAGGUUCAACCAUGUGCUGAAGCUGAGACAGGCGGCGCUGAAGGCUGCCAGGGAACGAUGGGCCGACUACAUACUCUUUGUCGACAGCGACAACCUGCUGACUAACCCCCACGUGCUGAACCUGCUGAUGGCUGAAAACUUGACCCUGGCUGCUCCCAUGUUGGAGUCCCGCUCGCUCUACUCCAACUACUGGUGUGGCGUCACCCCGCAGGGCUACUACAAGCGGACCCCGGACUACCAGCCCAUACGGGAGUGGAAGCGGCUCGGCUGUUUCCCCGUUCCCAUGGUGCACAGCACCUUCCUGGUGGACCUGCGUCGGGAAUCCAGCCGAGGCCUGGCCUUCUACCCUCCUCACCCGGACUACAGCUGGGCCUUUGACGACAUCAUGGUGUUUGCUUUCUCCGCUCGUCAAGCAGGUGUGCCGAUGUACGUGUGUAACAGAGAACAUUACGGCCUCCUGCCCGUCCCCCUCAAAGCGCAGCAGAGUGUGGAAGAAGAAAGCGAGAGUUUCAUACACACCAUCACGGAGGCUUUAAUUGACCACGACAUCGAGCCCUCCGAGCACCUGUACACUCCGCCCUCCCCGCAGAGCACCAUGGGCUUCGAUGAGGUUUACCUGAUCAACCUGAAGCGUCGGCUGGACAGAAGAACCAGGAUGUUGAAAACGAUGUCGUCGCUGGGGAUACAUACCACGCUGAUGGACGCGGUGGACGGAAAGGCUCUCAACACGUCCCAGCUGCAGGCUCUGGGAAUAGAGAUGCUGCCGGGCUACAAGGACCCGUACUCGGGCCGAGUGCUGACCCGAGGGGAGAUCGGUUGCUUCCUCAGCCAUCACUCCGUAUGGAAACAGGUGUUGGAGCGCGGCCUCCAGAGGGUUCUUCUUUUAGAGGACGACGUGCGGUUUGAACCCCGGUUUAAACGACGGCUCCAGGCCAUAGUAGAUGACAUCGACAAAACCCAGCUGGACUGGGACCUCAUCUACGUGGGCCGUAAGCGCAUGCAGGUGCAGCAGCCGGAGCAGUCGGUGGACGGCGUGAACAACCUGGUCAAGGCCGACUACUCCUACUGGACGCUCGGCUACGCGCUGUCGCAGCAAGGAGCCCGGAAGCUGCUGGCCGCCGACCCCUUCACGAGGAUGCUGCCUGUCGACGAGUUCCUGCCCGUCAUGUUCGACAAACACCCAAACACUCAGUUCAUGUCUCACUUCGAGCCGCGGGACCUGAAGGCCUUCUCCGUGGAGCCGCUGCUCAUCUACCCCACCCACUACACCGGGGAGCCGGGCUACAUCAGCGACACGGAGACCUCCACCAUCUGGGACGACGAGGCCGUGUCCACGGACUGGGACCGGCAGGACGCCCGCAAGACGGCGCAGCAGGACAGCAUCCGGCCCGUGGCGCAGAACAGCGUCUCCGGAGAGUCGCCGCCGCCGGCGGCGCGAGCCUCGCGGGACGAGCUCUGAUGACCCCGACGCUCAGAGGGAAAGACACUUGGAAAAAGAAACUUGAACUACAACUACUGGAUAUUAAAUCACAUACAUAUACACACACACACACACACACACACACACACACACACUGAUGUCCAAGUGGAUAAAAGCAGAGUGAAGAUGUUAAUCUCCUCUGCUGCUUGAUGAAGGGACAUUGAGGAAGAGGAAGAAGAGGAACCGUGACGAGGGCCAGCAGGCCUUUGAGAAAAGCUUUAUUUAUUCCCCAUGUGCCUCCUCUGGGCACGUGGACACACUUACAGCCUGUGAACCUUUUUUCUUUUUUUUAGCAACACAUGGAAGACAGCUACCAUAAUUUAAAAAAAAAGGUAAAUCAUUCCGACGAAUCAAUUUUGAUGUUGUUUUGGAAGAAUAUUUUUACUUAAAAAGAUCAGAUUUGAUUUUUGUUUUUUACAUUUCAUGGACAGCAAAAGAAUAAAGCAAGCUGUCUGAAAACAACUCGUAAGCGUGCGUGUGUGCAUUGACGUGUGCAUGUGUUGACAGAACUGAACAUGUGUGGGAGGAGGGAGGACCCAGGAGUGCCUCAGAUGAUGACACACACACACACACACACACACAGAGCAGGACAAUAAGGGAUGUUCCUGGGCUCCGUGUUGCUGUCAUUGCAGAUGUCUCACGUGCACAGCGGGCUGGUCCUGCUCGUUAGCGUCUCGGCCUCAGGAUGGAUCACAUAUGCACUUCAGACCGCUGCUUUCAGAAUUUAAACGUGUUGAAUAUCUUUGGAUGAACUGAAAUAUUCAUGUCCUCGACACUUGGGUCAGUUGUGGUGCCGGGCUGAACCAAUAAAACAACUUCCCCGUU